AUGUUACGCCGACGAGAUCGCCGACUUCUGCAGGAUUCAAAAGUCAUCCCUACAGACCAUGUCGCUGCCCAACACCAUCUGCUCGUUAUGGACUUGAAAAUCUCCCGUCCAAGGAAGAGACAUCCAAGAACUGAAACACAGCGCAUCAAAUGGUGGAAUCUGAAAGAUCGAAAAGAGAUAUUUUUUGCCUCCGUGGCUCCAUCUGCACUUCCCCACCCUACUCGUAGUGUGGAGGAAAUGUGGUCGUCUAUUUCCAGCGUUAUGCGCUUGACCGCGGAGAACACUCUGGGAAAGACGACUCUAGGUAAGCCCAAGGCACAAAAGGCUACGUGGUUUUGGAACGAGGAGGUUCAGGCGGCAAUUCGUGAGAAGAAGUCCAAGUAUAAGCUCUGGUGGAGGACGCGUCAGCCUGAAGAUCGGGGUGCUUACCUAGCGGUGAAGAGGGAGGUCAAGGCAGUCUCCAAGGCGAAGUCGGACCACUACAAGGCUGUGUAG